CCCGCUCUGCCCCGAGCACCGCGACGCCCUGCGCUCCGCGACCUCAGGGCUGCAGGAAACCCCCUGGCGGUACUGACCUGACCAGCUCAAGACAAAAGGAAGGAGGAACGUGCUAAAAUGUCACCUGAAGUUGCCUUGAACAGAAUUUCUCCAGCGCUCUCGCCCUUCAUUUCCAGUGUGGUCAGAAAUGGAAAAGUAGGACUAGAUGCUACUAAUUGUUUACGGAUUACAGACUUGAAAUCUGGCUGUACGUCCCUGACCCCUGGACCCAGCUGUGAUCGGUUUAAGCUACACAUCCCUUAUGCUGGAGAAACUCUCAAAUGGGAUAUAAUUUUCAAUGCUCACUAUCCUGACCUGCCACCAGAUUUUAUCUUUGGAGAGGAUGCUGAAUUUUUGCCCGAUCCUUCUGCCUUGCAUAAUUUAGCUUCUUGGAAUCCUUCAAACCCUGAAUGCCUCCUGCUUGUUGUGAAAGAGCUUGUGCAACAGUAUCACCAAUUUCAGUGUGGCCGAUUACGUGAGAGCUCUCGUCUCAUGUUUGAAUAUCAGACGUUACUUGAAGAGCCCCAGUAUGGAGAAAACAUGGAAAUCUAUGCUGGCAAAAAAAACAACUGGACUGGAGAAUUCUCAGCUCGCUUCCUCUUGAAGUUGCCUGUUGAUUUCAGCAAUAUUCCUACAUACCUUCUCAAGGAUGUGAAUGAAGAUCCUGGAGAAGAUGUUGCACUUCUCUCUGUUAGUUUUGAGGAUGCAGAAGCUACUCAGGUUUUUCCGAAGCUGUACCUCUCCCCACGUAUUGAACAUGCGCUUGGAGGAUCAUCUGCCCUUCACAUCCCAGCCUUUCCUGGUGGAGGUUGUCUUAUUGACUAUGUACCCCAAGUAUGCCAGCUGCUAACAAACAAGGUACAGUAUGUUAUUCAGGGAUACCAUAAGAGAAGAGAGUACAUUGCAGCUUUCCUGAGUCACUUUGGAACCGGUGUGGUGGAAUAUGAUGCAGAAGGCUUCACAAAGCUCACUCUGUUGCUGAUGUGGAAAGAUUUUUGCUUCCUUGUUCACAUUGACCUACCCCUGUACUUUCCACGAGACCAACCAACCCUAACAUUUCAGUCCGUCUACCACUUCACCAACAGUGGCCAGCUGUACUCCCAGGCCCAGAAGAAUUACCCUUACAGCCCGCGCUGGGAUGGCAAUGAAAUGGCCAAGAGAGCAAAGGCCUAUUUCAAGACAUUUGUCCCUCAGUUCCAGGAGGCAGCAUUUGCUAAUGGGAAGCUUUAGGCAGCCUCAGGCAUGGAAACAAUACUGAACAGAUCCUUCAGUGUCAGCCCACAAGAAGAAUGCCUGGAAAUGGGAUGGACUGACGAUAUGUGCUUUCUUGCCUCUGAAGUGAUUUUGGUAGCUUCACUUUUUGAAACAAAGACCUCAGUAGCAUGCUUAGAACUGGAUAUUUGAUAUUUGUCCUGUCCCUUUGCCUCUGCCACCACCAUUCCUGUGUAUUUUCUGGAUUAAAUUUAAAAGGACGUGUUUUGAUGUGAUAACACUUUCUUGUUCCAACAAUGUCCUGUAUGUUAUGCCUUGUUUCCUUGUCUUCAGAUGGUCUAAAUUGGAUUUUUUUUUCCCCAUGGAAAUAUGAUGUAGUUUGUAUAUUUAGUUAAUGUUUUCAGCUUAUCCUAAGAAAACAUAAAACUGCCGUUAUGUACCAGGAAUGCCUAGUGGACUGUACAGUGCCAUAGUCUACCUUGGAGGUUUGCGUCUCACUGCGGUCGUUACUCUCACAGGUAUGGACAUGAGUUGCACACUUCAAUUCUUAGUGCCUUUGCAGUUGGUCUGAAGUUAAAAUGGCAGGGUGUUUGAGGGUUGUUUGUUUUUUUUUUUAAUAUUUCUGUUGAAAGCUCAUCUUAUGUGAAAUGCUGUGCUUUUAUGCUUUGUUUUUAUUUCCAGUUGUACAGUUUUGGUGGUUUACUAAUGAACUCCCCUUGCCAUUACAGAAGAGUUCUACUUCUUUAGUACCAAUGUGCAAGGAACUAGUUAUAUAAAUCAGUAUAACAAAAUAAAGCUCUUUCAUAGAUCUGUAAUUUUUCCAAAAUAAGAUAAAUACUGCUAAGAAGCAAGCUUUCAACAAGGGAAUUAAUGAUGCCUUGGAAAAUAACAUGAAAUAAUGUAGGGCUAUAGGUAUUUAGCUUAAUGCCUAAGUUCAGCAUGUCUUCUCAGAAAUAAUUUUAUGUGUAUAUAACUGGAAACAUUACCUCCCCUGAUUCUGAAAUGCCAAACACAAAAUCCCACCUACUCAUCCUUUCUUUCCUGCUUGUGUCAGGAGCAGCAUUUGGGGCUAACUGUCACAAUGUCACUUCCCAAAUUAAUUUGUGAAUAGACCAGGGUACUUUCCAGUAAGGAAUAAAAUGAACAGUGUUUGUUGCUUAUAAAUGGUAUCUGGAAAAUGUGCCCUACUUCUGCAAAAUAUAAGGAACUAAAUGAAUAGUAUGCAGAUGAUACAGUGGAACUGGAAAACAUUUAAUUUUAAAUUAUUCACUGUACCACCACGUGCAAGGAAAUCUUAUCGAAUUACUUGACUGGCAGUAUUCUUCUACCCUUUCUGCAACUUGUUUAUUACAUGAAAAAUAGUGCUUUUGAGGGUUUAUGUCCACCUAGGAAAUGCAGAUGGGUUUUGAGCAGUGAAGCUUGAUACUUAAGAAUUAUGCAAAUAAUUCACCUCUAGAAACUAUAGGUAUUUUUAGCGAGUUUAUGGGCAAAAUUUAAUUUAUGUUUAAUACUGAAGUUCUUGGCUGGAAAUUUAGCUGCAAACGACAUCAAGCCUUAUUGUAACUCCACAGAGGAGGGGGCAUAUUCUGUCCUGUGACCCAUCCCUUUGUGGUUUUCAGUGCAUUAUUUGAGGACUGCCAACAGCUCCAAAGGUCUGAGCCUGAAUUCCCUCUGUGGAGACAUUGCAUGAGGCUUCUGCAUGCAAACCAAAACUUAGAGCAGAUGUGGAAGGUAAUGGUUAUAUGUGAAUAGCAAAACCAUAACUGAACAGCCUUAAGUGACUGGGAACAAGCAUUGUUUAGUGCACUAGGAUGAUCUCACAUUUGCAUUUCUUCAGGUAAAAGCCAAAGCCAUGUAUUUAAGACUAAGCCAACCUUGUGAAUGAGGUGGGAGAAGGAGGAUGGCUAAUGAAAAACAUAUGUUCUCAUUGUGUUCAAAAUCUGAUAAGAACGAUCUCUAGCCAUCUUCAAAAGGAAAAAUCAAACCUUCAAGUUGCCUCAGUACAUUCCUGGAAUCUUACAUUUUAUAACCUUGUGUUUGAUUCAGCACUGUAGUGAUUGCCCCAUGAACACAGUGUGUACUUAUAUACCUGAUCGUCUGCCACGGCCCGAGGGUGAAGGGAGUAGGGACGCGACACUGCACAAAGGGUUCUGACACAGUAGAAGGUCAGGGUGCGAUGGCCAGUUUAUUGAGGGGAACAAGGACUUAUAUAGGGUUUGGGUAAAGGGAGGUCUGAUAACUGGGGUGGAACAUGGGAUUGACACCUCAGGGGAGAGCAGGACUGGGGAACACAGAGGAGAUGGGUGGAACUUUAGGAGUAUCCAGGGUAGGGGACCAAUGGGAGCUCACUCUGCACUGCGGCAUCCAUCAGCCAAUCAGUGAGAGAUGAGCGGGAAAACCGGGGGAGAACAAGGGAGUAAACAACUUUUGGCGGGAAAAACGUGAGGGCAAGUCCAGACAAGCCCUGAACAAUACAAACCAAGGGGAUUAACAUAGGAAUAAUUGUGGGGGUACAUUGAACAUGGCAAUAAACUGGGGAAUAACGUGAAAGUCCAUGAAUUAUUAAGUCUUUCAGGCCCCAUACAAGUCCCUCCAGGCCUUAAAUCUCUCCCAAUCACUUGGGUGAUCCUCCUCAAUUGUCCAGGUGGCACCACUAUUUAUUUUUUUUAUUUUUUCAGAAAUUGCCAUGAUUCAAAGGCUAGCAGUUGCAAAACAUUUUGGAAAGAGAUCCACUCUUCAUAAUUAAGAUUUAUUUUCAACCAAAAAUGCAUCCUUCACCUCAGUCCCAGUAAUUUUGGACAAAGAACUGUUUUAUUAUUAAAAGACUAAGAGUUUUAGAAGCCAUGUAAGAAAAUACUUUGAAGGUACAAAAAGCCUAAACCAGCAAUUCCUUGUGUUGAAUUCAAUAGUUUCAUCAGCUUUCCAGUAACAUGCAUGGAAACAAACCAGUAGUUUCAGUCUCAUUUUGUGUCAUGCUACAAUUGGUAGUAUUUGGGGGAAAAAAAAGGUAAAAUAAAAAGAAAACGUGAAACUGUACUGUUUGUGUUUAAGAUAAAGUUUGCAAGCCUAUUAAUUUUUAAAUUAAAGAAAAGGCAUUUUUGUUACACUUAAUGAACAUUUUCUUUGACCUGCACAGUAUUUUAUGGAUCCCUUCCUUAUAGUUCUCAGAAGAAGUAUUGGGGGUGUUAGCAUUGCAAAUGGGGUAUUGGAAGGAAAGACACUGAAAUGAGUGAAAGCUUCCUUCCAGAAGGCGGAUUACCAUAUAAAUACUGCACCAGAAAAGAGAGUUAGUUUGAAUUUUAUAUCAAAUCAAGUAUUCAUUGAAGGCAUUUAAGGUGGGAUGUUAGGAUCUAGUUGGGAUCUAGUAAGUUGGAGUUAUUUCUGUUGUCUCCUGUUUUAUUAUAAUAUCCAUUGUGGCCAGUUUAAUGGCACAGAGACUUUCAGCACUUAUGUGAUAUAACUGCAUAUUUCACAGUUAAAAGGAGCAGUCAGAUCUAGGCUAUUUUCCUUGGUUUAUGAGAAUCACAAGACAUAAAGGCGAAAAAUAGCAAUGUUACAAACAUAUCAGAAAGCCUAAAUUCAACUCUGUCAUAGUUCUGACUGAAAGAAAUGCAGUAAGGCUGUAGUUACUAAGCCCUAUUAAUGCACGAUUUUCCAAAGGUCCUUAAACUGCAAAUGUGCUGCCAAGCCUUUAUUCAUCUGCAUACAUAUUCCACUGUGCUAGAAGUAAUACCAAAUCUUAUGGAUUUAAAGUCAGCCUUCUUGUGAACUUGCUGGAAAGAGUGGACAAACAGCUGGAAGAAUAAAUAAAAGUAAAAUAUAUGUCGUUUGGCCUUCAUUGAUCUUUCUGUUGUGCUGGCCAUUGUUUUGUUGGUCAGCAUGUCUCAUUUGCUGAAUCAGCAGGUUUUGGUAUCAUCGCUGUGCUUGAACAUCCUCCCUUCAUACGGAGAGUAGACUUGAGUCAGUUUGUGAGAAGAAAUCAUUGCUAGAAUUAGCACAGAUCUCCUGUAUAUUGUUAAACCAUCCCUAGGGAUGUUUCUCUGUAUGUUUCCUUUCUCUCAUCCUGUCUGGUGCCUGUGGCAAUAAGCAUCUUUGGUGAAUCAGUCAAUGGAUGAGAUUUAGCACUGAAAUGCAGCAUUUUAUGUCUUACUUUAGGUGGUUUUACAUGGAGACUUCUUACCUAGGAAAGAGAGGAUUCAAUCUUGAGUACUCUCCGUUGAGCAGUGCCCCCUAAUAAAAGGCUGAGGGUUUAGCAGAGGUCAAAAACAUGUUUGAGCAGUGAGUACUGCUGCUUAAACAUCCUUCUGUGUCAGUACCCUUAAUCAGAGAAGCAACAGGCAGUGGAAACCUGUAGUGGCACAUGAGGAUCACCACUGCAGAUCUGAAAUACAUUUCUAAUACCAUGUCUGUACAUGGAGAUGAAGUGUUGAGUCCUCUGACAGUGGAGAAGGGGAGUUUCUCACCUUUCCAGCUUUGUGAGAAAGAUGUGCUGCAAGGAGGUAACAAGCUUUGGACACAGCUUCUGACCAUGACUGUUAAUUACAGGGUGCUGUCCCUGCCCUGUGAAGCAAAUGAAAUCUGUGACCAAACUGACUGCCAGUGAACACUCUUCCCUUUAAAUUACUUAUGUCUCUGUAAUUGAUGUAUUGUAACACUCAUUAAGCCUAAGAGUUACACUUGCUUCUUGAAUGUUACUGAAAAUCCCUUAAGUCAUCUUCUUUUCACUUUUGUUUUCAGGUUUCUGUACUGUUCUGGGUUUAUCCUUACUAGUUACUGCUAUUUUUAGCAAGUUUGAGGUUUUUAUUUUAACAAGGCAACAAGGUGUAUGCAAACAUCUAUGGGCCUAUAUUAAAUGUAGAAUUAUUUGCUGUAAAAAUACGUAGAAACUCUUUUUUACUUAUUAAGCCAGGUGGUGUAUUUUCCACAAUAGAAGAAUUCUGAAGAGAGGCUCAGUUGUUACCAGAGCAGAGAGAAUAAUCAUGCCGAGGGUACUGGAUACAUUUUUUGCACCAAAUCUUCAUUUAAUUUGCAUGCUAGCAAAUUAGGAGGGGCAAAAUGUAUUGUCCUUUUCUGAAGGAAGUCUACACCUAAAUAAACCAUUGAUCAGUCA